AUGUCGUCCACAGUGAUGCCGGUUCUGCUGUCUUUGUGUUUCGCCUUGGCAUUCCUGGCUUUCACCUUCUUGCAAGAGACGGAUGUCUCAGCAGAAAUGUUCCAAGCAGCGGGCGCGCGAUUUCUGAAUGCACCAUGGAGGCAGUACCCCAAAAGCGUUAUCUACGACGUACACGGGCCUAGAGAUGUGCACCUGUGGUUGGAGAAUGUGUUCAUCAACCAGCUGUACAUGGAACGGGCUGAGAAUGGAAACGAUGAGGCCUACUGCACCAAGUCGAAUCCCUGCCGUUUGGGGGAGGGCAAUGCCAACUUGGACUCCGAGUGUGCCGGGUCCUUGGUGGCCGGAGAAGGCAACUGCCCUUCGCACAUGGGGAGCAGAAAAGGUUGCUGCCAGCAAUGCGUGGGAGCAGCCUGCCCUAUGCAUGUCUACGAGACGAAGGAUCGAAAUCUAACCGCCAACACUUCUGUGUUGGAUCUGUCGGCCAACUGCGCCGACACGAUACCUGCUUGGCUUAGCUUUCUCACCGGCUGGAAGAAGCCUGCGCUGCUGGAAGAAGACGAUCCGGUGAACAUCAGCUUCUGCCCGGAGCGGGUGGGCAAGCCGGCGGCGCGUGGGCUGAUGGUGGGCCGUUUCAACCAAGCGCUCAUGGGCCGGAUCUCCCUGAAGCGCCGAAAGAUGGUCCAGUCCACGUCCCCGGUGUACUCCAACGCUUACGGGAAGGUGAUGGCGGCCUGGAGAACCAAUGCCUACAGCAACAAUCCCUCAGAGGAGGACACGAGCUCAUUUGGCAACAUCAAAAGGUACCACUACAAGCAGGACGCGGGGUUCCGGCGCGCCGGCGCCUUCGAGGAAAUCCUGGAUUUCGAGGCCCCCAAGAAGGUGAACAUGAGGAAGAUCACCAGCAUGCAGCGUGAGGGCUGGUUCAACCUGCAGCAGGGCUCCUUAGUGGUGGAGAUCAUGUUGUGGAACGGCAAUGUGGAGCUGCUUUCGCACAUCGCCUUCAUCUUCGAGCAUGGCUUUAGUGGCAAGAGCAAGGUGUCAGUGUCGGUCAGCAGUCUUGCCUUCAAUGUCCAUGACUUCGGCGUAGUGUCAACAUAUUUCCGCUUGACCAUCUACGUGGUGAUCGUCGUUUGCUUUGUCUUCUUCUUUAGAGCGCAGUUGGAAGACAUGUCCGCGGACUACAAGGCCUACUUCUCAGAGCCCAUGGGCUACAUACACCUCGCCCUUUUCUUCCUUUGCGCCUAUGUCAUCGGGUCGUACCUCGCCAUCGUCUUGUCUUAUCCCUUCCUGAACUUCCGCUUGCCCAUGGCAGUGACGGAGUUUCAGGACAUAGCUGAGCUGACAAUGAACAACCAAGAUCUGAAGGUGGCCAUUUCGGUCACCACUUGUUUGUUAUUCCUGCAGGCCGUGGCUGAGUGCUGCAGUAUCCUGCCCCAACUGCGUCUUCUGGUGGAUUCUGUUGGUCGAAUGAGCAACUACCUGGUGACCUUUUUCGCCAUUUUCUUCGUCAUGAUCUUUGGCUUCAGCUUGGCCGGCAUGUUCGAGUUCGGCCAAAAGCUGAACCAGUUCAACAACAUCUCGCACAGCAUCUUGACCGUCGUUGAGAUGAUCCGUGGCAAAGCGAACUACCAGGGGAUUGUGGACGCAGAUCCCCAGUUUGGAGAUGCGUACUUUCUCUUCUUCCACUUCUUCUUCCUGAUUUUCGCCCAGUACCUGCUAACCAUCCUGAUGACCGGGUAUUUGAAAGAGCGGAAGCGCUUGGCGGAGUCGGAGCAGGUGGAGACACCCUUGCGACGGAUUCUGCGGUCGGUCAAGAGCGCCCUGCAGCACGCCAGCGCCAACAUCAGGAGCCGCUUGCUCUCUUUGCAGCAGAUCUUCUUUGGUGCGGGCGGUGGCGCUGCCAGCAAGACUGUGGACUACGAGCAGGUGGCCCGUCUCCGUGACAAGCGCGCCACCCAGCCGAUUAUCCGCAACGUGGUCUACGAGAAGCGACCAGGCAGCGACCAGGAUGACUUGGACAUCUCUGAGGACGUCUUUCUGCGUGCUUCUGAACCAUUCUACCCAGAUGGCAUGAUGCACUACUAUGUGGACGGUACCGCCACAGAUGGCUUCGCACAGGACUACAAGGUGCAGGGCUUCCGCUUGGUGGGCAUUUUCUCCAAAGGCAACUACGACCGGGAGAAAUUCAGAAGCCAGGAGCACUUCGAGAACAAGUACAAACGAAGCCCACAGGAGAUCCUCAAGGAGAUCAGCAACGGCGACAGCCUCCCGGUACGCUUGGAGUUUCAGGGCAGGGUGAAGCCGUUCUCCUGCGAGUGCAUCACGCUGGCCUUCUUUUGCUGCAUCUUCCUGAUCUUCACUCUGCAGGUGAGCCGUGUGCCUGACUCCUUCUCGCUGGCGCAAAUCCACCGCCUCGCCAUUGCGGGCCCCGAGUGGAAGGAGUACCGCCCCACGCGCAUCGUGGACUUCAGGAAUGUGACGUUGGCUCCCGGCAGCUUCAACUCCUGGAUGCACAAGGCCAUCUUCGAGGGGGAGAUGGGCUGCGUAGGAAAGAUCGACGACAACAGAAACUGCAUCCUCUCCAAUGAGAAUCAGGAUGGAAGCGGCUUUGUGCGCCAGAAUUGGCAGCUCUACAUCGAGAGCAGCAGCCCCGAGCUGCAGCUGAAGCUGAGCGCUUUGCCGGAGCUCGCAGAGAAAAGCUUGAGCUUCGCGCCACCAGCGUCGACUGAAGGUAUGGGCAUGAGCUUCGGUCCGAAGCAGACGGCAGCGGUGGAUGUCGAAGUUCGGCUCAGAACGUGGAACGUGGGCGUGAUGCCGAAGAAUCAGGUGCGCAUCAUUCUCCAGAUCCCCUGCUUCCAGCCAGUCACGAACACUCGCUUCAAUGCGGACUACCAAUACAAGCUAGAUCCCAAGAUGAAGGAUUGCGCAAACCAGGACUGCAUGGGCGAAAUCAUCAGCCAACAGCAGACCUGUCACACCUUCGAAGGUGAGCUGCGCAAUGUCAGCUACAUGACUGGUGCCUACAGCGGGAUUGACCACCGCUACACCUCCAUUGGUGCGAAGGGCAUCGUGCUCGGCUUGGGUGGGACCCCCCAGGAGGCCGAAACCGUUUGGAAUAUACUGAAGAGGGACCAGCUCAGCCCUGUGAGUAUGGUUCUGGAGUAUGUGACCUACAACGGGAACAUGGACAUGUUCACGCACACACGCGUGAAGUUUCAGCUUCAAGGGACAGGGCUUCUGACACGGCAGAUCGAGCUGGUGGUGUUCCCUUUGAACGUCUUCAACAUGGGCCUCACGAGCUUUGCUGCGGAGAAGACAGCAACAAACCGAGCCCUCUUCGUCAUCUAUCUCAUCGCUGCACUGCUCUUUCUUUGCUUAGUGCUGCGGGACCUCUUCAUUCAGCUGAAGCUGACCUCAUUGGAGAGGGCGUGGUACAUAUUUCUCUACGACUUCUUUGUGGAAGACAUGUGGAACGCGGUGGAUGUGCUGUGCAUCGUUGUGAAUGCCUUUGUCAUCCACAGCAUUUUCAGUUACCUCCUCAUCGAUGGCGUCUUCAAUCUCAGGGACGGCUUCAAGUCCUGGACCCUGGACUUCUCCUUCCCCGACACCGCCACCGUGGACACUGUGGAUCCCUUCACGGAGUUCGGCCGAGCCGCGGACUUGUACAGCAGCUUCGAAACGCUCUCUGCGCUCAGUGGGCUUUUCCUCCUGCUGCGCUUCGCGAAGUACUUCCGCUGCGUGGCCUCCUUGCGCCUGGUGCUGGCCACGCUGGGUGCCGCUUUGCACGAGCUGGUGAACAUCUCUGCUGUGAUGAUCAUCGUCCUGCUGGCGGUGGUGUUGAUGAUGCACAACCGCUUUGGCAUGAUUUUUCCCAGAUAUGGGACACUUACAAGUUCCAGCCAGUCGAUGUUCUUCUUCCUCACCGGCUACUUCGACACUGCAGACCUGUAUGAGUUUUCGCCACUCUUCUUGCUGAUGGUCAUGGUGUUCUUCCAGGUUGCCUUCCUUCUGAUCUUGAACUUGUUCGUCUCGGCGAUCAUCUUCCGCUGGAAGGACACGCGCCGAGAUGCGGAGGAGUUCUCCAUCAGCGGUUUCUUCCGGCUCAUGAAGGAGCAUCUGAACAUCUUCAAGCCCAACAAGGGCGGCAGCCGCGCGGAGGAGGACCGAAGCCUGCAGAAGCUGGACGCGGAAUUCUGGUCGAAGAUGGGCAUUCUGCGACACCUGGAACGCUUGGAUGAGAGCGGGAAGAUCGUGCCCGUGGAGAGCGAAAAGGUGCGUGAAGACGAGGUGUCCAAGGAGGAGAACUCGGAGGACGAGGGCGAACAGAGGGAUGACCUGGAGCGCUUCGUCACGAUCUUCAAGAAGGCACACAUGGAGAUCGCCUCGCAGAUGACAAGGGAUGUCGGGGAGGUUGAGGACGAGGGCUCUCUAGAGAAGUUGAUCCUGGUCGCCUUUGACGACUCCCAGGAGACACUCGGCAUCAUCGAGGAGCCCCAAAACCGCAACACCAUGGAGUACAUCAGCACAAAGAUGAACCAGGAGCUGGAGCACGCGGAGAGACCGGCGCAGGAGAUCUGGCUGGACGCCCUGAUUACCGUGCUCGAGGAGGCGCAAGCGCUGCGCAAGCUGCAGAAGCUGUUCAUCCCCAUGCCCAUGAUCCAGCCAAAGAAGGCCCAUGAGUGGCAGCUCUUCCAUCAGAAGAAGAUCCGCAUGGAGCGGCGGCUGAACAGCUUCCUCCGAUGGCUUCAGGAAGAGGCGCGGGUGCAGCAUUACCAGUACGUGCGGGAAAUGGCUGUCUCCAAAGAGCGGGUCCUGAAGCAGCAGAGCUUGGUUCUCAUGGACUACUUGGAGACCCUGGACAAGCAGAUCGAAAAGUUGCAGCAGGAGAUCCAACGGCUCGAGAAGAAGAACUCUUCGAUGUUCAUCCUGGAGCUGUCCGAGUCUGGCGCGUGCUACAGGAAGACUUUCGACUCCGCCGUUUCGUUCGACGCCAUCCGGGACUUUGUGCGCAGCAGCACCGGAAGUUCCGACUUUCAGGCGAAGUAUCAGGACGAUGAAGCAGACUGGUGCACUCUGACUGCUUCCACUCUGGUGGAUGCGCUGGACGUGGCCAAGGACCAGAUGGUUCUCCGACUCGCCAUCGUCACCGAGCCAGGUGAGCCGCCCAGCCCCCGCAGCGUGUGCAGUUGGGAGCUGGUGGACUUAGAGGAUGAGCAAGACCCGCAAGACGCGGAAAUGGUUAUGGCGGAGGUGGAGCAAACGACCGACUCAGCUGACACGGGCGUCGCGUCCGCCUUUUGGGGAGGGGUGAAGGACCCGAGCCUGGACUUGGAGGUAGACGUGAGCACUGACCACACUGACGACGGUUUCCUUCUCCAGCCGCCAGCAUCGGCUGCCCAGACUGCUGAGACCGAGCAUGUCACAGCUGUCGAGUCCGUCGCGGUCGCUGAGAGCGAAGCCGACAACGACUGCGUUGUGGAGACAAGCCCAGCGCCCGAGGAGCCAAACGCGAUGGGAUCCCCCAGAGCUGAGGAAAUGGACCAGGACCAGGACAACCAAUUCGCAGGCAACGAGAAGGUUCAGAUCAUCCUUGCAGCUUUCGAUGCGAACGGAGACGGACAUUUGAACUUCGAAGAGUGCAACGAGCUGCAGAAGUAUGCGGCAGGGGACCAGCUGCCCUGCGAGAUCUACCAGGUGCUAUGCCAUGAGCUAGGUGCGGAGGCAGAUCGGGGCAUGGGAAUGUUGGAGCUGGCGGCGCUCUAUGAUCGCUACGGCACUUUGGAGCGGGACUUCGAGGCUGCGCUGCGAAAGAUGAGCCAGUCAGCGCCGCCUCGCGCCGCAGCCGCGCCAUGUGAAGGCCAAGACUGGAGCCCUUGGCUGGCCCUGCCGCUGCUGCCGCUGUGCCCCGUGGCUGCCGCUGGGGUGGCUUUGGCCAUUUGGAGCCGUCGCCGUGCAUGCCCAAGCUCCGCGGGCUCCGCGGGAGCGACAGGUCACCGCGCUUAG